CUCUAGCUAAUGAUAACAAUUUGUUGUAUAUUGAAGAAAAAAUAUCAAAUUCUCAAAAUGGCUCAUCUGUUAAAGAAGUUAGACAACAAGUAAAUUCGCCUGGGCCAUUAAAUUUUAUACCCUUACAAUAUAAUUAUCUACUUUGUGAAAAAGGAUACUUAAAUCUUCCUAGACGUUUUUAUUUAAUUGGAACUAUUACACCUUUAAUAUUAUUUUAUAAGUUCUUUUCAACUAAUUCUUUGAAACAAAUAGUUGAAUCAACUAAUAAGUAUAAUACAAUCCAAAUUUAUCAG